UGCAUGUCCAGGAGGAGGAUCUAAAAUCACACCCCAACCCAACUGCACCAGAUGGCAAUAUCACCAAGCCCAAAACUGAGAAGGGGGCUAGUCAAAGUAAAAAAGUAAGUAAUGUUGACAAACAUGUCAGUAAAAUAUUUGUUCAAAUGAAGCACAGUAUUUGAUCAAGCCAACACUGCAACACCAGAUCAUCUGGCCAUGGAAUACUGUGUUCUCUUUUCAUCCAGAGCAGAAAGCAAUGCUGCCCAAAACAGGAAGGUCACAGAUUAUUAUCCUAUUAGAAAGAGUUCCAGAAAAAGCAAAGCUGAAUUGAAGAAUCAAUGACAUGAUAAAAAUGGAGUUGAAGAAGGACUGCAGUUUACCCAAUAGGCCAAACAUAUAGAGGGGAAGGGAAGAGGAAUAUUUGCUGUCAGAUAUUUCAAGAAGGGAAAGUUUGUAAUUGAGUAUCAUGGAGACUUGUUGCAUCUGGCUGAUGCAAAGAGAGAGGCUCUGUAUGCCCAAGACCCUGGGACUGGCUGCUACAUGUACUAUUUCCAGUAUGUCAGCAAAACAUACUGUGUGGAUGCUACAAAAGAAUCAACUCGCCUGGGAAGGCUGCUAAACCACAGUAAAACUGGCAACUUCCAGACCAAACUCCAUGACAUAGAUGGAAUAACACAUCUCAUACUGGUGGCUUCCAGGGACAUUGAGUCAGAGGAAGAGCUGCUUUAUGACUAUGGUGACCGCAGCAAGGAAUCCAUCUCGGCUCACACUUUGCUCAAAUACUGAUGUGCUGUUUUUACACUAACAGAGUAUUCAAGAUAAUUACUAGGUGCAUUUGAUUAAAGCUUCUUUUUUUUCUUGGCCCUGAAUAUUCCCUUGGCACUAAACUGCCAACUUGGCAUUCCAGGUGAGACAAAUUAGGUGGGCGUUUUGUUUAUUUUUAAUCUGCCCUUUCAAGCAAUGUAUUUGGGCAAAACUGUGGCAGUAUGAACAAUAUUGAAGACAACCUUCAAGAUGACACAUGGAUCAAUUUGUUAAAACUGUAUAUCAAUAUAUUGCUGGAUUUGGGGGUCGUUUUUAUACAUAUUUAGGCCUGUGCUUCCAAGAAGAUAUGAAUAAUAUUUGUAACAUUAGCUAUUUUUUUAAUGCUGUUUUUAUAUUCUUUCUAAUUUAUAAUGCUAGGUAUGGUUCUAGUUGAAGCAACAAUUUUCAUAUGGUCGUCAAUGCUCUCCAGGCUUCUGGAACUCCAGCUUAUACUUGAUUUCAAAUGUAUAUAUUUUGCAAUGGGUGAAAUCCUAAUACAUUAACAAUUUACAAAGUAAGUUGCUCUUUGAGAGUAAAUUAAAGUGUACAUAGACAAAUCUGCUCAGAUAUCUGGCUAGCAUGGAAGCUCAUUUUGCAAUGAAUAGAAAAGCUAGCUUGGCCUUUUGACAAUGUACCAAUUAAUAUUCACAGACAUGUAACAGUCCAACAUCCUCCCUGUAGGUCAGUGUAUUACAAAAUGUGUAACAAAUGAAGUGAUUUGUAACUUUAUCAUUCUAAACUGCUUUCUUUCACAGCUGCUCUAUUAUUUGAAAGGUAAAAUGGACUUUAAAAGCCCUUGUGUGAACUAGUGUAAAAUAGUUAUGCUCAGUCACUCAGAGCCUAAAAUGUACAUUUUUAUGCAAUUUCUGGACAAGGAACAAGUUUGGUAACACUUUUAUAUUUGCUACAAGAGCUUAUAUAUUUAUCUAAUCAACAAAUAAUUUUGGGAAGGAUUCAUUACCAUGAUCUGUGCUACUCAACCCCAAGGUAGAGGCAGAUUAUGUUGAUAGGAUUCAGGUGUAUGAGUUAGGUAUAGUGAAUCUGGGGCAGUAUAGUGGUCAUGGGGCUCGAUUCCAUCAGUAUCGCUGAAGUUCAGAAUUAAAAAGCCAUUUCAAAUUGAACUGACAUGCAGCGUUUGCCUUAAUGUUGAUUGCAUCUCUUGAGCACUGUAGAUAGAAUCAAGCCCUUGGAGGUCCUGUCUUUGUCUCUAAUAGGGCUACUGUUGCAACCAGUCUUGAACGUUGGUCUUUGAACGGUUCCAUCGUCACAAUGUUCAACCACGUGUCCAAAGAAACUGUUACAGUUCCUUUGUUUGAGGACACAGGUGUGAGUCUGUACCAAUGAUGUAUUUUUUAUUUAUUUUCCUCACCAACUUCAAACAUCUGCUAUCUGAGCAGCUAAUCGAUCGCUGCAGCUGUACAUAGUCUAUCGGUAAAUAGCCCACCCAAUUUUACCUACAUCACCCCCAUACUGUUCAUAUUUAUUUACUUUUCUGCUCUUUUGCACACCAAUAUCUCUACCUGUACAUGACCAUCUGAUCAUUUAUCACUCUAGUGUUAAUCUGCAAAAUUGUAAUUAUUCGCCUACCUCCUCAUGCCUUUGGCACACAAUGUAUAUACUCUUUUUU